AUGUCGCCAGAUCACCAAUUGACUUCGUCAACGGUCCUGAAGCAGUGGCAGGAAUCAGGGAGGCCAGUGCUUGCCAUUCUAUGCACUCUUUUGCACAUCAUUCUUGUCCUCCUCCACGUUGUUAUUCUUGUGCUCAACAUUUCAGGUAUCGAGCACCGUUUGGUCGUCCCAUUGACAUCUGGCAAUGAAAUCUGGGUCACUAUACUGAGUACGUCAUCACAGGCAUUUUAUGCGAUCUAUUGUACGAUACUCGUUUACUUGAUGCAACGAUUAACGUUCCUCAAGAACAUGAUGCGACGCCAGACGGUAACCGCUCUUCAUGACACGGUGAACGCAUGGAAAGGCCUCGGUUCUGCGUUGGAGUGUCUUUGGCAGCAAUCAACUAUCCCUGCAUCAAGGUGGAGCAUACUGUCCAUAACGGCCUAUCUUGCAUGUGUUUUUUCCCUUCACGUGGUUUCGUCGUCUAUCAUUCAGUUGCAAACAUUCAACUCAACCGUGGAUGCAUCCGCUACAAAAAUUUCUUACUGGCCUAGUCCAGGCGUAGAUAUGAUGGCAAUGCAGUGGCACACCAUCAGUGCAUUGGUUCCUACGUUAGGCCGAUUCGCAAAUCUUCAGGGCAUGGGACUCUACGGUGCCACUCUAUACGACAUCAUUCAAACUACCGAUACACCUGGUCGCGCCAUCGUCAAUGCAUCUUCGUUCAGAGCGAAUUGCGGACUAGUUCGCAAUUCCGUGUUAAAUUACUCUCCUGAAAUCAAUGCUGACAGUUUCGGAUAUUUUACACUCAACCCGCCAAUGCCAAACCUCAGUCAUACCGUGAAAUUUAGAGCUAGACUUAUGCAUCCUUAUUCAGAUGAGGUUAUGAUAAGUCCUACCAUCUCGUCGUUCUUUCCGGGACCGACUGUUGCUUUCAUAGUCUCGACUGCUGUGAACUCAAGCAAUUUACCUGGCGAUGAAACAGUUCAGCACGUGUAUUGGGAACAUCCUCGCGGGCCAGGGGUCGCUAUAAGUGAUCUUCAGUCUCCCCUGAUUUCUGACAUGUACGAUGUCCAUAUAGUGGCGUGCACUAUUGACGUUCAACCCCGUGCCGCCACUGUUGACGUACAAACCAAUCAACUACUAGAUCUUUCCCCGUCCCUUGAGUUGAAUGCUUCUGGUGAAUGGGAGGCAUGGUCAGUGCCGGAGGAAGAACCUAAAUGGGAUAUUUGGUCACCGCCAUCAGCAAGCCUUGUCUCUCCUUUCGUGGGCGGGGCACAUCAUCCCGUUGGUCGGUGCAUGAAUCAGCACCAAGCAUCAUGUUAUGGGUUCUCCCUUUUGGAGGUAUUUUUUAUGCAGGAGAUUGGAAUAAACGUCGUCUUUCGCGACCCAAAGUGGACUACAACCACUGUCCUAGUCAACCCUCCAAUUCCGAAGCAAGUUUUGGGCAGCCGUGACCAAUUUGAAUCGGCUCUAUCAAGAGCAUAUGCUGCAGUUCUAUGGACAGGCGGACAGCUCGGUGCCGACGGCGGCGGGUUUGAUCGGAAAAAUGAAAAUACCACCAUUUCACAGCAGAUUCUGCAAUGGCACCUUGGUAUCAUCCAGAUAAACUCAUGGCCCCUUGCAUUUGCGCUCACCUGCUCUCUGCUCAUGUUGGCGCUAUCAAUGCGCGUGACAAACGGGAUGCAUGGGCGCAACUAUACAAUGCCUAUCAAUAGCGCUGGCAUUCUCCAAAUCAUGUGGCUUACUACGAACCGCUUCCGUGUAUUAAGAGACCUCGCGAGCGACGUCGAGGAUCCCCAAGAAAAUAUCCUUCGUGCAGCUGGGAUGGUCGAUGUGGACCUGCUACAGGAGUUGGAUGACGUGCAAGUAGGUGGUUGUUAA